AUGAUUUAUACUGACGUCUCUAGUAAAAGGAGAUUUAUCCAAUGUUGCUGUGCAAUCUUUUGGUGUUUAUUAUCAGGAGGACCAAUUUUUGGUUUUGCUGCUUUAAAACCUAUUUUAAUCAAACAAGGUAUUUAUGAAGAAGUUUGUAAUGUUGGUAUUGAAGUUAGUGAUUUAGUAAUGGAAAGUCAACCAACUUUCACCAACAUGUUAUUAGGGAAAGUAUUCGCUUUAGAAAAUGAUACUGUGGCUAAAUGUACCAAUCAAGAUUUAAAGUUGAAUAUGAUGUUCACUGUUGGUGCUGUAGUUACUAAUGUAUCAGCAUUAGUUAUUGGUAGUGUUUUAGAUCGUUAUGGACCUAAAGUAUGUGGAUUAAUUGGUGCUUUCUUCCUUUACUUUGCUUGUUUCAUCUUUAUUUAUGCUGAUAAUAUCACUGAUAGUUUCAUUUCAUCAUUUUUCGAUCCUUAUUUGAUUGGUUAUGCUUCAAUGGCUUUGGGAGGUCCAUUUGCUUAUAUUUCAUCAUUCCAAUUAUCAAAUUCUUUCCCUAAAAAAUCUGGUUCUGUGUUAGCUUUAUUGACAGGAGCUUUUGAUUCCUCAUCAGCUUUAUUUUUAAUCUUCAGAAUCGUUUAUAAUAAGACCCAAGGUUCUUUCUCCAUUGAAGAUUUCUUUAAAGUAUACUUAUUAGUCCCAGUUUUCAUCACUGUAGCCCAAAUAUUCGUUAUGGAAUGGGAUUCUUAUAAAACUCCUCCUGAUACUACAUUAUGUGUUGAUGAUCAUCAACCAACUGAAGAACAACCAUUAUUAGAACCUUCUCAUCGUAGAAGAGAUUCAAUUGGUGAUGCUUUGAAACAACCAUAUGCUGAAGAAGGUGAAGCCAACUUAGUUAAAUAUUCCGGUGGAAUCUUUGGUAUUUUACAUGGAUAUUCCGCUAAAUAUCAAAUGAAAACUCCUUGGUUUUACCUUAUGUGUCUUUUCGCAACCAUUCAAAUGUUAAGAUUGAAUUAUUUCGUCGCUACCAUCAACACCCAAUACACCUAUUUAUUACAUUCAAUCUCACUGGCUGAAGCUUUAACUAAAUUUUUCGAUUUAGCUUUACCUUUAGGUGGAGUUAUCUCCAUUCCUUUCGUUGGUUUAUUCUUAGACUACUGUUCAACCGUUUUAGUAUUGAAUGCUUUAUUGGCCGUAUCUUUACUUAUAGGUGUAUUGGGAUGUAUUGGUAAUUAUUAUACUGGUAUCAUUAAUGUGUGUAUUUUUGUUGGUUAUAGACCUUUCUUCUAUACUGCCGUAUCAGAUUUCUGUGCAAAAGUAUUUGGUUUCGAUACUUUCGGUACUGUUUAUGGUGCCAUCAUUUGUACUUCAGGUAUUUUCAACUUCAGUCAAAGUAUCUUGGAUAAAUUAACUCACACCAGUUUCAACAUGAACCCAGUUCCAAUCAAUAUCAUUUUAGUAUGCUUAACUGUCUUAAUUGGUGGUAUUACUGUCACUUAUGUUAGAAUUCAAGCCGGCUUAUAUAAUCAAAGAAAACAAGCUCAAUUAAAUAGUCAAUAG